AUGAUUUUUAAAACAUUGGAUGCUGGUAUUGAAUUCUACACUCGUUAUGCUGCGAAAGUCGGGUUUGACACGAGGUUUAGUUCUGUCGUUACAGCACGUGACAGGACAAAAACUCAAAAGCUAAUCCUUUGCAAUAGAGAAGGAUUUAAGAAUACAGGAUCUCAACAUUGUCAGUCGCAGUCAAAUGCAGAUGCAGGGGAAGGUCCUUCCCGUCCAAAGCGGCGAAGGGUUUCAAACAGAACUGGUUGCAGAGCUAGGAUUAUGUUUAAGUACAUUGGAGCAGCUGGGUACCAAGUUACCACUUUUAUUGAAAAACAUAAUCACAACAUGUCUUCGGUUCUAGCAAGGCAGUUUCUAAAGGGAAAUAGAAACAUCUCCAGUGUUCACCAGAAGUUUAUACUCGACUGCGCUAAAGCAAAUAUUGGAGCAUCAAAAUCACACGGUUUAUACAGUCAUAUUGUGGGGGAUUACUCUGAAGUUGGAGCAACUGUUGUGGACUUUAAAAAUGUCAGAAGGGAUCUCAGAGCAUACAUAUUGGGAGCUGAUGCACAAAUACUGGUUGAUGAAGAUGAGCAGAUGAGCAGACUGUUUUGGGCAGAUCCAAUGUCAAAAAAGAAUUUUGCUGCAUUUGGAGAUGUUGUCUCUUUCGAUGCCACAUACUCAACAAACAGGUACGAUCUGGCAAUGGGUAUGGAACCAAGAAUAAUUGUCACCGAUCAAGAUCCAGCUAUGAAAGUGGCGAUUCCAACAGUUUUCAAGCAAGCCAGGCAUCGUUAUUGCAUGUGGCACAUCAUGUGUAAAGUUGGGGAAAAGGUGGGUCCUACGCUGAACAAGGAUGAGGAAUUCAGGAACAAACUGAACUCAAUCGUUUGGACGUCAUCUUUGGAACCUCCUGAUUUUGAGAAGCAGUGGAGAGAGCUGAUGGAAAAGUACAACUUAGUCGAACACAAUUGGUUUAAAACUAUGUUUGAGGCUAGAAAGCAUUGGAUCCCAGCGUAUUUUAGAGAUGUCUUUAUGGGAGGACUACUCAGGACAACUUCUCGUUCCGAAAGUGAGAACUACACGUACAACCGUUUUACUGGUCCCCAAUCAAGCCUAGUUGAAUUCAUGAUGAACUUUGACAGUGCUCUUAGAUCACAACGUAACACAAACGCAAAGCUCAACAGUGACAACGAAGGCUACAAUCCGGAUAUGAAAACGCCUCUGGGAAUUGAAAAGCACGCUUCAAUCGUCUACACCAUUACUGUUUUCUAUCAAGUUCAGGAAGAAAUAUGUGCCUCCUGUUUCAAAUGUAUGGUGUUGAGUGUUAGAGAAGACGGUGGAAUGUGGCACUAUGAUAUUAUGGAAGGAAAGAACAAAAGAUUUACUGUGGUGCCCAAUGUAAAUGACCAUGAGGCCAAAUGCAGUUGCAAGAUGUUUGAGAUGGUUGGACUGUUGUGUCGACACAUAUUUGUGGUCUUUAGAGACCUUGAAAGGAUCCCUCUGAAGUAUGUGGUUAAUCGGUGGACUAAGGAUGCAUCUUUAAAAGCUACGUUUGAAAUAGAUGGUGUGAUUUACGAUCAGAAUGGACCAAAGGAUGAAAAGAAGAUGUUGCUGAACAAAGUGUGGUUUGAUAUACACUGUUGUAUGGAUCUGGCAGGAUCAAACAUGGAGCAAUUGACUGCAUUUUCCCAAGUGAUUGAUGAACAGAAAUAG